AUGGCACAAGCUCAAGCUCAAGCUCAGACACCUCUGAUGGAACAAGCUAAGACACAGCAGAUGACGCAAUUCCAUACACCUCAGCUGGCGGUCAUAGUCGACCCCGAUUGCAGAGCCAUUGUACUCCAUGUGUAUUGGAAACGGAUCAAGGUUGUUCCACUAGAUGACAAAGGACAACCUCAAGACCCGUUUACCCUCAAGUUAAAAGAUGUACAUGAAUUAGAUGUUAUGGAUAUCAAGUUUUUGUAUGGGUGUAAAAACCCUACAAUUGCUGUCCUUUUAAGUCCUGCAAACAUUUUUAUUCACAAGAAUGAGUUUGGACCUGAUCGGUAUUGUUGCGUAAGAGCAUAUGAGCUCUCGUUGGAAGAUACAAACUUUCUUGAAGUUCGCUGGACCCAUGAUAUUGGUGUCACGGAAGCUGAUUUGCUGAUACCCGUUCCAACACCUCUUGGUGGUGUUUUAGUCAUCGGGAGCAAGCAAAUUGUGUAUUGUGGUCUCUCUAUAUCUAUAUCGACAAACGUUAAACCUCGUAUCAAAAGAUUCUAUCAAUAUAGAAGAGGUGGUUUCGCUUUCGAUGAUCAGAAGGGUAUAUGGAGCGAUCACUUUCACUUGGCACAUAGAAUGGUGGGUGUGGAUGUGGGUGUGGGUGGUUGGAGGUAUUUACUUUCUGACCAUGUGGGGCGGCUUCGGUCGCUUGUCAUAACCAGUGAGAAUGAAAAAGCUACUGGACUUGAAAUUCAGCUUCUUCGGGAAACAUUUAUAGCAUCAACUAUAUCAUAUAUUGGGAAUGGAUUGAUAUAUGCUGGCUCAAGGUAUGGAGAUUCCCAGCUUGUAAAGUUGAACCUUCAACCUGAUACAGCAAGUUUAAGUCUUGAAGAGGUUUACAUGAACUUGGGCCCAAUUGGUGACUUUUGUGUGGCUCACUAUGAGAGAGGUAGACAAGGUCAAGUGAAGGUUGUGACUUGUUCAGGAACAAAUCAAGCUGGUUCCCUUCGCAUUGUUAGUAAAAAAACUCAGAUAAACGAACUGGCAUCUGCGAAUGUGGAACCUAUCAAAGGAGUAUGGUCACUGAGAUUGGGGACAGAUGAUCAUCAUUUGGUUGUUAGCUUUGUAGACGAGACUGUUAUACUUGCAAUGAGUGUCAAGGAAGGGGAUGGGCAAGAUACUGUUAUGCUAGUCAACACUAAUAUUGAGGACUUUUGUUAUGAAGAACCGACUUUGUUCUGUCAUGAUGCCAUAAAUGAUCAGUUUGUUCAGGUUACUUCUGAGUCGGUUAGGCUGGUGAGUUUAACAUCAAGAAAGCUGGUACAUGAAUGGCGUCCACCUUCUAACUACUAUAUAAACGUUGCCACUGCUAAUGCUACUCAGGUUUUAUUGGCUGCUAGUGGCAAUCACCUAUAUUAUCUUGAAAUAGGUGAUGGAAUCUUACUAGAGAAAAACAGCGCAGUAUUGCAGCGUGAGAUCUCCUGCCUUCACAUAAGGCCGAUUGGUGACAUUGCGGCUGUCGGUACAUGGAUGGAUGUUUGUGUGAAUAUACUCUCACUCCCCGAUCUUAAUCUCAUCACAAAAAAAUAUUUCGAUCCUAAAAGUAUUCGGCCCUGUUCUGUUCUUUUUUGUGCCUUGGAAGAGAUAUGUUACUUGUUUUGUGCGGUUGAAGACGGUCAUCUUUUCCAUUUUGAACUGGACACGAGCAACAAGUUGCAACUAACACAUAUGAAGGAGGUGUCAUUAGGGACCCAACGAUUAAGUCUUGAAGCAUUUUCAGUGAAAGAUAGAAGACAUGUGUUUGUAGCAUGUGAUAGUCCGAGGGUUAUCUAUAGCAGUAAUAAGAAGUUAGUCUAUAGUAGUGUGAACCGAGAAGAAGUUGGUCACGUGUGCCCAUUUAGCUCUUCUGAUUUUCCAGAUGAUCAGACUUUUCAGACGCUCCAUAGUUAUGGACUAGCUGAUGGGGAAUUCGGCGGUUCGAUUGUUAGUUGCUCAUUCGCGGGCGAUCCGGAGGAAUAUUAUUGUGUGGGGACAAACACAGGCCAUCUUAUUGUCUUUGAGGUUAAUGGCGGAAGGCUCGAGCCAACAGAUAGGAAACGCCAUUCCUCUUAUGGAAUCAACAACUUAAAUGCUUACAAAGGUGGCUUAUUUGUGACAACUUUUGGCAAGCUUUUGUUGAUGAAGUGGAAUAUUAGUGCUGACGGCACGCGCAACUUAAGUAUUCAAUCUGAAUAUGAGUUGCCCGAUCAUGAUCCAGCCUUGCAACCUGAUCCAGCCUUGCAAAUCCAUGGGGAUAUCAUUAUGGUUUAUAGCAAAGUGAGUGACCUCAUCAUGUAUCAGCUCGAGGAAGGUGCUAUAAAGGAAGUAGCUCGUUAUAAUGAGAGGAUGAGGUCGGCUUUUAUCGUUGAUGACAUUUAUCUUGGAGCCACAAGUGACUGUCGACUUCUAACCAUCAACGGCCAAAAGGUUGGUCGUGAAUGUGAAUCCCACACCGACGAUUAUGUGAACCGUUUCCGCCAAGGUUCCUUUGUGUUGCAAAGCGGUGUUGAUGAACCCCCAACUAUCAUUUAUGGAACAGAGAGAGGGGCCAUUGGUAUGAUUGCUUCACUGCCAAAAGAUCAGUUCACCUUCAUGGAGAUGCUUCAAAAAAGUAUGAGAAAGGUUGUAAAAGGCAUUGGAGGUUUUAGCCAUGAACAAUGGAGAAACAACCCGAAGAAGCACAUCGCGUCAGACGGUUUUUUAGAUGGUGAUCUGCUCAAGUCAUUCCUUGGUCUCGACAUUAAAAAGAUGACUGAGAUUUCAGAAAUGAUGAAGUUUCCGGUGGAGGAACUGAGGAAGAGAGUGGAGGACCUACAAAGGUUGUAUUAGGCGGCCUUAAGUUUUUCCAGCUUCAUAUGAAAAAGCUUUUUGUGUAGAGAAUAAUGCAUACUGUCUAGUGUCUAUUCUUGGCUGGGUAUUAUUCUUAUGCUAUAUUGCUAUGUUCUUGGUAUUCGGUUGAUGAAUUCAAUGAAAUCAGUUAAUGGUUAAGUUUUACC